AGAUACGCGAUGAAUAUGGGUAUGAGUGUUGAAUCGGUCAUGCAUCGAGGUGCGCGCCGGCCUUUCAACCGCUCUCAGCAUGGCCGUACCGACUCGUACCGCGUCGCCACCAUCGGCCUCAUUAAGGACGAUAAUAGAACUGCCGAUGGACAGUACAAGACUCGCCGGAAGCCUCCCGCGAAGAAGCGGAAAGCAGGAGAUUUAGAUGACCUGAAACAGGAGUUGGAUAUUGAUUUUCACAAAGUCACUCCCGAGGAACUAUACCAAAGAUUUCAAACACAUCCAGAAAAUGGCCUUAGUCACGCAAAAGCGAAAGAGAACCUUGAAAGGGAUGGUCCAAACGCACUCACUCCACCUAAACAAACGCCCGAAUGGGUGAAAUUUUGUAAAAAUUUGUUCGGUGGUUUUGCGUUAUUACUGUGGAUUGGUGCUAUUCUAUGCUUUAUAGCCUAUGGAAUUCAGGCGAGUACCGUAGAAGAACCGGCGGACGACAAUUUGUACCUGGGCAUCGUGUUGGCGGCAGUAGUAAUCGUGACUGGCAUUUUCUCCUACUACCAAGAGAGCAAGUCGUCCAAGAUCAUGGAGUCCUUCAAGAACAUGGUGCCGCAGUUCGCUACUGUCAUCCGCGAGGGCGAGAAGCUGACGCUGCGAGCUGAGGACCUGGUGCUCGGUGACAUUGUUGAGGUGAAAUUCGGCGACCGUAUCCCUGCUGACAUCCGUAUCAUCGAGGCGCGCGGCUUCAAAGUGGACAACUCCAGCUUGACCGGUGAAUCUGAGCCCCAGUCCCGCGGCGCCGACUUCACCAACGAGAACCCCCUGGAAACCAAGAACUUGGCCUUCUUCUCUACCAACGCUGUCGAGGGCACCGCUAAGGGGAUCGUCAUCUGCUGCGGAGAUAACACCGUGAUGGGCCGUAUCGCCGGCUUGGCUUCUGGCUUGGACACCGGAGAGACGCCCAUCGCCAAGGAGAUCCACCAUUUCAUCCACCUCAUCACCGGCGUGGCCGUGUUCCUCGGAGUCACCUUCUUCGUCAUCGCCUUCAUCCUCGGCUACCACUGGCUGGACGCCGUCAUCUUCCUCAUCGGUAUCAUCGUCGCCAACGUACCUGAAGGUCUCCUUGCCACUGUAACCGUCUGCCUGACCCUCACUGCCAAACGCAUGGCGUCCAAGAACUGUCUCGUGAAGAAUCUGGAAGCCGUGGAGACCCUCGGAUCCACGUCUACCAUCUGCUCUGACAAGACCGGCACUCUCACGCAGAACAGGAUGACUGUCGCCCACAUGUGGUUUGAUAACCAGAUCAUUGAGGCUGAUACCACUGAGGAUCAAUCAGGAGUCCAAUAUGACCGCACCAGCCCCGGUUUCAAGGCCCUCGCCAAGAUCGCCACGCUCUGCAACCGCGCCGAGUUCAAAGGCGGCCAGGACGGCGUCCCUAUUCUGAAGAAGGAGGUCGCCGGUGACGCCUCCGAAGCUGCCCUUCUGAAAUGCAUGGAAUUAGCACUCGGAGAUGUACUUUCAAUCAGGAAGCGCAACAAGAAAGUGUGCGAGAUCCCAUUCAACUCUACCAACAAGUACCAAGUGUCUAUUCAUGAGAGUGAUGACCCUAGCGAUCCGCGCCAUCUGCUUGUGAUGAAGGGAGCCCCUGAGAGGAUUUUGGAACGUUGCAGCACUAUCUUCAUUGGAGGAAAGGAAAAGGUUCUGGACGAAGAGAUGAAGGAGGCCUUCAAUAACGCGUACCUCGAGCUGGGCGGGCUCGGCGAGCGCGUGCUCGGCUUCUGCGACCUGCAGCUGCCCUCCGACAAGUACCCCAUCGGCUACAAGUUCAACACCGACGACAUCAACUUCCCCGUCGAUAACCUGCGCUUCGUCGGCCUCAUGAGCAUGAUCGACCCGCCGCGUGCCGCCGUGCCCGACGCUGUCGCCAAGUGCCGCUCCGCCGGUAUCAAGGUCAUCAUGGUCACCGGCGACCACCCGAUCACUGCCAAGGCCAUCGCCAAGUCAGUCGGCAUCAUCUCUGAAGGCAACGAGACCGUCGAAGACAUCGCCGCUCGUCUGAACAUCCCCGUGUCUGAAGUCAACCCUCGCGAGGCUAAGGCUGCUGUGGUCCACGGAACGGAGCUUAGGGAACUCAACUCUGAUCAGCUUGACGAGAUCCUCAAGUAUCACACUGAAAUCGUAUUCGCCCGUACCUCGCCACAACAGAAGCUGAUCAUCGUGGAGGGUUGCCAACGUCUCGGCGCCAUCGUGGCUGUGACUGGCGACGGCGUCAACGACUCUCCCGCCCUGAAGAAGGCCGACAUCGGUGUUGCCAUGGGUAUCGCUGGCUCCGACGUGUCCAAACAGGCCGCCGACAUGAUUCUGCUGGACGAUAACUUCGCAUCCAUCGUCACUGGCGUCGAGGAAGGCCGGCUGAUCUUCGACAACCUCAAGAAGUCCAUCGCCUACACGCUCACCUCCAAUAUCCCCGAGAUCUCUCCCUUCCUCGCCUUCAUCCUCUGCGAUAUCCCGUUGCCUCUUGGUACUGUAACUAUCCUUUGCAUCGAUCUUGGAACUGACAUGGUGCCAGCUAUCUCUCUGGCGUACGAGGCGCCCGAGUCCGAUAUCAUGAAGCGACAGCCGCGGGACCCAUACCGCGACAACCUCGUCAACAGAAGGUUGAUAUCCAUGGCCUACGGUCAGAUCGGCAUGAUCCAAGCUGCUGCCGGUUUCUUCGUGUACUUCGUUAUCAUGGCUGAGAACGGCUUCCUGCCGCUCAAGCUGUUCGGCAUCCGGAAGAUGUGGGACUCCAAGGCCAUCAACGAUUUGACUGACUCUUAUGGACAAGAAUGGACGUACCGCGACCGCAAGGCCCUCGAGUUCACCUGCCACACCGCCUUUUUCGUCUCCAUCGUGGUCGUGCAGUGGGCCGACCUGAUCAUCUGCAAGACCCGCCGCAACUCCAUCGUGCACCAGGGCAUGCGCAACUGGGCGCUCAACUUCGGCAUCAUCUUCGAGACCGCGCUCGCCGCCUUCCUGUCCUACACGCCCGGCAUGGACAAGGGCCUCCGGAUGUACCCACUCAAGUUCGUGUGGUGGCUGCCGGCCAUCCCGUUCAUGCUGUCGAUCUUCAUCUACGACGAGAUCCGGCGCUUCUACCUGCGCCGCAACCCGGGCGGCUGGCUGGAGCAGGAGACGUACUACUAGGCGCUCCGCUUGCCGCAGUCCGCUCCGCUCCUGCAGGCCCCGCCCGCCCGGCGCCACAAGACGGACCCCGCCUCCUUAUUUAUUGUUUCCAUGAACUAUGUAUGUAUAUAUGCACGGUGAACGGUGGUUUGAUAUUUGUGAUGAAAAAUAUUAUACACGAUUAUUAUUAUUUUUGAUGAUUA